GUUCAACUUCCGGUAAAAUGGAAUAAAAACAAACAUAUUUCCCUCCAUAUAAUAUUUACUUUUAAUCAUGAAUCUCGAGGAUAACAUAUGUCCAAUAUGCUUGUACAUAUUUAUUCAGCCGGUAACAAUGCCAUGUAAGCACGAACUGUGCUUGGGAUGUUUCCAACAGAACGUUCAAGAGGCUAACUUUGUUUGCCCGAUGUGCCGAAUUCGGAUCUCGACCUGGGCCAGGCGCGCGUCUCGAAAGAAGGAGCUGGUGAAUGAGGAGAGAUGGUCGGCGAUCAAAAAGUCUUUCCCGGACCAGGUGCGAGCAAGGCUGGAGGGGUUUGAAGAGGAUGAUGAAGAGAUGAACGCACUUAACAUUUCCAUAAAGCUCGCAGAGCCAGGCGAAAUUAGGGAAGAGUAUGAAGAACAACUCAAGAAACUGCGUGACCAGCGAUCUGCAGAGGAACGUGCAGAGGCAGAGGCGAGUGAGAGGCUGAUCAGACAGCUACAGGCUGAGGAGAAGAGAACCCUGGCCGAGUUGGAGGAGAUAAGACGGCAGGAUGAAGAAUUAGCUCAACGUCUCAGUCAGACAGAGGAUGAUGAGGUUGAAAUUGUGACGCGGGCCACAUCUGGGAGCAUCCUGUCUGUGUCCUCAGAUUCCCGAGCCAGCCCUGACGGUGCAGGGGACCGACACACAGCUACCAGGGAUCGACACUCCACCCUGCCCAGUCCUGGACUCCUCAAAACCGUAUCCCCCGAAGGCGGGAAGAUGUUCCAGGCCAACCAAACACCCAUCUCAAAGAAGAUACGGCGGGACGAAAACCUCAUUACCACACAGGACAUUGAGAAUCUGGAGGAGACAUUUAAGAAAAACACCCCAUCAAGAGACCAUACUUCAUGCUGUUCGUUAUUGACGACCCCGAGUCAGACUGGGCGAAUCCUACAGCGCAGCGAGAUCCUGGACGCCAUGUGUAAGGGGAUCUCCAUCUCCGUUGACGACCUUGACAGUAACUGCUCCACACCUCCUGUCUGUCCAAAACCUGUUCUCCCAGUGGCUGGCAUGACAAACACUGACACGGAAUCUACUGAUGAGAGCGGUGUAUUGCGAGCACCGAGUUCGGACAGCAUCAGCCACGAGCUGAACCACUUUCGACCAAUCAGAAGCUGUCCUCUGACCCCGCCACGGAGAUUACCGUCUGGCCAGGUUGUGGAGCCGAUGGUUAUCCGAACAACCCCACGGAACCUCAGCAAGUCCGGGCUUGGCUCUCCGCUGGGAGAGGAGGGGUCCCUGGCGGAGAUCGACGCUGGCAGCCCAAUCAUGCAGAGACGGCUCAGUCAGCUGGCCGAGGAGAGGAUUGACAAGGUCAACAAAUUCAGCAAGUCUACAUGCACAUUAGAGUCUGGCUCCCAGCCUGACGAGAACUUGAACCCAGAGUCCCAGCAGUCUGCAACGCCAACCCAUGUAGCGCCGGGGCCCGGUGGGAACCGGAGUGUUGACUUUCGGGAUAUAUCCAACUCUAAUCUUGGUCACAAACAUGCGGGAGAUCAGGCUGGGCCAGGCAACGUUAAGAAGAAACUCAUUAUCCCCCUUGAGCCUGAAUUUGAUACAGACGUUUUUUGUGAAGGAGUUGUUGAAAGUGAGUUUAAGGUACAAAAAGUGGACAACGAGCAAAAAGAUCCUGCAAAGGUCAAUAAUGGAAGGCUGUCUAGAAAGCGGAGAGGUGCCAAAACAAAAAAUAGGUACAUGGAAAGUCCUCAGGCAACUCUAAUGAAGUGGGCCAAGCCUAUGGAAAGUCUGCAGCAGACAACAGAUUCGACUUAUUCACCAGAGUGUAAUGUUAAACUGAAUGGAUUGGCAAAAUCAAGCCAUAAGAAGACGACAAGAUCAGGCAGGACGUACAAAUCUGCGCAAGAUCCCAACUUCCUGUAUGAUAACUUACGUAAGAAAAAACCAUCGGGUGAUAGUAAUGUUGCAAAUGAAAGUGACAAUAGCAAUAGUGACUGUGAGGAAAGUGAUUCCUGUUUGGAAAUCGAGGAGGAUGUCUUCCAUAAUGCAAAACGAAGAAAGCUCAACUUUACCGCCACUAAAUUAGAACAAAACACAAACCAAAACUGCAAUAAAACUGUGAACAAUAAAACAGCCAGUAAGGGACAAAAAAGACAGCUAAAAACCUCUCGUCAACCAUUACGACAAACACGGAAAACUAUCUCAAAACCGGUAACUAAAAAACAAGCACGAACUGUUACAGACUAUUUCGCUGCUCGGCAACUAAGUCGAGAAGAUCAGGAGGAGAAAGAUCGACGUAUGGCGGAGGAGCUACAGAGACAGUUUGAACUGGAGGCCAAGCUGCACUUGAGUAGUCUUCGGUUUAAGGGCACGACUGAGGAAUACCAGCUCCGCCAAACCAGGAAUAGGGUUGACUCUAAAACCUAGUUAUAUAAAUAAAGAUAUAUAUCGGUGUCAAAAUAUGCAAAACCUACUUAAGAAACCCAUGAAAUUCUUCAGUCAUCUUUAUUUAGAUUCAGAAUACAUGUUGCACUCAAUUCUUAUUAUUUUGUCUGUAUGUUGAAAUGAUUGGUAUGCAUAGAUGUGAUAAUAUUAAUAUUAUUCUGUAUGUUGUAGUAUUGUUUCUAUAAUUUUAUGUUCUACAUGUUCAUGUUUUCACACUUGAGAAAUGGAGAAUAUUUUCAACAAUUAUUGAAAGAAAAAAGGUAUCUUGAGCAGUGCCUCUUUGUCAACUUCAAAAAACUGAAGAUUGCAUACAUGCGGGCCUGCUCAAAUCUUGGCAGAAUAAUGUGGGUUUUUUAAUGUGAAAUAUUUAUAGUAAAUAUGAUAAUAUAUUUGUUUAUUAUAUAUAAAUGAGGUAUGAUUUGUAGCAGUAUAAAAAUUUGCUUGAAUGAGAUCAUAUCGAGAAUGAUUACAUAUAUUUUGCAGGUAAUAAUCGGAAUUAUAUUCUGUGAAAAUUAUGUAUUAAUGUUUGUAAUUGCCAUAUUUUGAUUUUUAAAUCUUUUUUAUCAAUAAAAAAAACUAGAUUUUUUUGUUGUUGAUUCAGGUAUUAUUUUCUUUGCAAAUAUCUAGUGCCAUAGAUUUUUAUGAAAUUCCUUCCAUCAAGUUUUAAAUUAAUUUUUAAACAAAAAUAUAAUAAAUUUUAAAAGGUGUUUAAAAUAUUUUUUACUUAAGUAUUCUGUAAGUCUUGUAUACUUGUAAUACAACGACCGAGACUAUACGGCAUUUAAUAUUUUAUUGCAAUAUUUUAUGACUUGAUUUAUCUUAAUAUACAUGAAUUUUAUUGCUAUUAAGAUCUUUUAACCGUACUGGUAAAUGUUGUUCUGUGUUUUAAUGAAAUUGUUACUAAAAAAAACAUGAACCAUCA